AUGGUGCGCAGAAUCCGGAGUAUCUGGCUUCUUCUGGCAACUGUGGCUCCACAGAUGAUGUGGAGGUCAGCAUUUGUCGCCAGCCGCACUGGAGUUUCCUGCCGUGACUGUAAAGUCUAUGCAGUCGGCGGGCAGGAGUUGGCACCAGAUUGGGCCCAAGACGCAGAAAAGAUGCCGGUAUCGGUCCCGAAAGUUCAUGAAGAGCCAGCACGCAUUCAAACAGUGCUUGAUAAGAUCAUAUCGGAAAUGGCAGUGGAUGCAGAAGAAGUUGUGGCAGAGAGGGUUGCAGCCGGGCACAUGAAUUUUGAGGACUUUGUUGCCACCUCUAUGGUGAUGAUGGCCUCUCCCGCAACUGCUGGCCCACUCGCAAGGCUUCCAACUGGAUAUGAAAAGAUCAUCCUGGCGAUGACAACAGAAGAGCGAAGAGAUCCAAAACUGUUCAAAGCCCCAGAGUCCAACAAGCGGAUUGCUAGAGUAGCUGAAGAGGCUGGAGUGGACCUUCAGCUUGCAAAGACGUUCUUGAGCGAUUUUGGUUCCAUUCAACAAUUCUUUGCCAAAGUUCAGCAAGGGGCUGAGGGCGGCAAAGGAGCUUUGCGACAGUCCAUGGACAUGGCUGCAGAGUACCUUGCUGAGAAGCCUCGCCGCAUUCGCCGAGUUCAUGAAAAUCGGAAUAAGAUGCUGAAAGAGGCUGGCAGAGAGCUCCGUGCGAAGAAGGUUGAUCCAGAUUGCGUGCAGGAGCCGUGCUUGUGCAUCGAAAGCCCAGCAUCAUACACAGAAAGCUCUCGCUGGGGCAUGGGGCAGAUGAAACUGGCAGUUGGUGCACUGAGAAGCAAGACAGCUGCACUGUCAGCAAUCAAUAUCUCGGCCACAUCCGCCGAACUGCGACCAGAAAUCGACAAGAAACAUCACAGUGCCCUGCAACCUUCCAACAAGCUUAGCGGCAACUUCAUGGUGCUGGGGAAGACAGGUUCUGUUGAUGUAAGCACAAAGGUCACAAAUGCAAGCGGAAACUGGUACGUGGCUGGAGAUAGCUUGGCUGAGGUCAUGGACACACUCAAGUGUUGUGGCCUUGCGCUGGUUGGAGUCGGUCUUGGCUGGUGCCUGACGGACGCCGCCUUCGACGCCCUCCUAGAAGAGGCGGCGGGCGAGGAUGCAACUUCACAUCGCAGGAAGUGGGCGCUGCCCAAGCUGCUGGAAGUUGCUGACCUCGGUGAGGAUCUUUGUGGACCGCAUCCUGAGGCACUGAAGGCUGCCUUCAAGACUCUGGGGGCACAAAGUACUUGCUCCAAGGAUAGGUUCAAGCAAAUAGCAACAGGCCAUGACGGCGGCCUUACGGAAGUGGAUGUGGACGACCUAUUCGCGCUGUGCGGGGCACCUUCGCAGCGUCAUGUUGCCACCAACCUGCUGGUGGACGGCUUGGUGGAUUGCCCCAUGCUGACAAUGGAGCAGUGGCGGUCGCAACAUCAGGCCUCGUCCUUGAGCCAGGUUGCAAGGUCGUCACUUACGGAGUAUCGCAGGAACUUGAAGAUGAGCUUACACAGACACCGCGUGGCGAUGCACGUAGACAAGACAAAGCUGAGCGGACCCGUGUUGCCGACCGGAGUGGUGAAUCCAACACGGCAGAAGGUUUCACGUUUGAUUUUGGUUGACUUUUCCAUCAGUUUCGUCGCUGUACAGGUUAUCUUGGAUGGCAUGAAGGUGAAGCGGAUCCUUGCAACUGUUGCCUUCCUGAAGAUGCAGUGGGGUGUGGAGGCUGCGGGAGGCAUCACACAGGAUGAGCAGCUGCUUAUCUCUGAUGGCGUGUGGCAUCGAAGCCAGCGAAAGUCCAUCACGCUCGAAACAUCCUGCUACUAUACGACAAUGGAGGGCAUGCCCUACGGCUGCCAGUACAACAGAGCGUAUUAUCCGUCGUACCAGAAUGAUUACCAGAGACGCGCAGAGAAGACCGCCUUGAUGGAGUUCUACAACUCCUGCGGAGGUGACUUCUGGCGCACAAGAGACAACUGGGAUGGAGAUUUGGACCCUUGUUGGGAUUACUGGUACGGGGUCACCUGCAACGAACACGGAUAUGUCAUCAAGCUGGAGCUGUCAGACAACCGGGUGAGAGGACCCUUACCAUCUGCUUUAGGCUCUUUGACAUCCCUUAUCAAAAUAGAUUUGUCUUCAACGGAGCCAGAAUACCAUUUGCAUCCAAAUGAAGAAAUGAAUCGAGUCGAAGGGUCGAUGCCUUCGAUGGCCAUGUGCUUUCAGCUGGAAGAGAUAGAGGUCUCAGGCAAUUUGAUCUUGCGGCUGCCAGAUGACCUGUAUCUAAAUGCAGAUACGCUUCGGUCGUUGAGUGCCAGCCGGAACAACUUGAGGAACCUGCCAAACUACUUGCGUCGCUUCCAAGUGCUGCAUACCUUGGAGCUAGACAAUAACAUGAUCGAGGAUGAGUUUCCAGCAGACUUUGGACAACUGUCAAACAUCCGGAUUGUUCACCUACAAUACAACCGGUUGAAAGGAAGACUGACAGAGGGCAUCGUCCCCAUGACCAAGAUUCAGGUCUUUGAUGUGUCGCACAACCCUGAGCUGGCCGGCGUGAUCCCUGAGCAGGUCAUUGUGGAUUGGGCGGAGAUGAGCUACCUCUCUAUCCUCAACACGUCCAUUUCAGGAUACAUCUCCAGCCUUUGUUUAGAUGUGCCUUUCUGCUGGAAGUACAUGUAUGAUACGCACAAGGACCUUACAUGGGCUACGGUUGCUGACAUCCCGGACAUUGUUGGAAUGACUGUGGACCUAGCUCAAACAGCCUUCUUUGAUGAGACUUUCGCCAAUAGGUAG